AUGGCAAAAAAGAACAAUUUUGGGAUUGUGGGUGACUGGCAUUUGCCUUCAUUUCCGGAUAUCACAGCAUUGGAAGACGAGUUAUGCCCCGGUGAUAGGCUGGAGUUUGACUUUGGCAUAUACGCACACUGGGGUAUAUACGUCGGUCGGUACCAAGAUAUGAGACAUGCUGUCAUCCAUUUCGGUAUGUUCGAAAAGCGGGCGACAUUCUCCAAAAAGAAGAUAUCAGGCAGUGCGUUUGCUGCCGGUCAAAAGCCCGAGAUACGAGCUGAUACGAUUGGGAUGAUUCUCGGUGGUUCUGGCAAGGUCAGGAUCAACAACUCAAGAGACCUUAAAGUGGAGCAUUUGGAUCCAGACGUCAUCAUUGAAACAGCUACGACCAUGCACCGAGACAAAACACCGAUUGAUUACAACCUUAUCGAGAAUAACUGCGAGCACUUCGUGAAUCUUUGUCGAUACGACAAACCCCAUAGUCAGCAAGCUGAAGAUUUGGUGAUUGGGGCCCUGGGUUUAUUCGUCGGGGGAGCCAUAGCCGGUGAGUAUCUCAAGCUAUAA